AUGCUGUUUUACCAGUCGCUCCUACUCCUCUGUUCAUGGGUUUCGGAAGGAUGUCUCAACCAGCAAAUUCCCUUGGGCUUCGAUUCACACUCCGUAUACCAUCCAAGCACUGCCUUUGAGGAGAAGGUGAAUUGGUCAUUGGAGCAGUUUAAAGUCCCAGGCCUUGCAAUAUCAUUCAUCAAUGGUAGCAGAGUCUUCACAAAAGGAUACGGCGUUGCAGAUCUUACUACCUCGCAGCCAGUAUCAGAACACACCCUCUUCUUUGGAGGCAGUACCACGAAGGCCUUUACAGCAGCACUGAUAUCAAUCCUGGUGGACGAUAACGAGAACUUCCCAGACAUACAGUGGGAUGCAACGGUCCACAGCAUCAUUCCAGAUGACUUCACCCUUAGUGAUCCAUGGUUUACUACACAGGUUACGGUUGAGGAUAUGCUUUCGCAUCGGUCCGGCAUGCCACGCCAUGACUGGGUUUGGUUUGCCAACAUGACGUUACAGGAGGCCGUUCGAAAGAUGAGGUAUCUUCCACUCACAUCAACUAUUCGUACGAAAUUUAACUACUGCAACCUAAUGUACAUGGCUGCCGCUCAUCUCAUCGAGACCAAGACGGGAAAACCGUUCAAGGACGUGCUACGCGAGCGGAUCCUAGAGCCUCUAGGGAUGACCGAAACGUAUGUUUCGCUACCCGAUGCUCAGGCAUCAGGAGGAGAAAUUGCACGAGGAUAUUUUCUCAAUUCGACCAGACAACUACAAGACACAGAUUUAUCAUUCCACGAGAGUAUCAGAGGCGCAGGAAACAUCAUCACCUCGGCGGCUGAUUACGCGAAGUGGGUUCAGGCCAUGAUACAACGGAGCCCACCAAUUUCACCUGCAGGCUAUGCCGCCAUUAUGGGUGGUCACACUAUCGUUUCUCCUGAACCAAUGGCUCCCGACACAUCUCCAACUUUGUACGGGUUUGGUUGGUUCUUGCGUACGUAUGCUGGAGAAGUGAUAAUACAACACCCGGGUGGAAUCGAAGGGUUUGGCAGCCUUGUAUGCUUCCUACCGCGGAAGAAAGUCGGGUUUGUUAUCCUAGGCAACAAUAUGAUAGGCACAAACGCAGCUGUGACAUUGCUUGGAAACCAUUUGAUCGACGAUAUCCUCGGAACCCAGGAACAAGACCGGCCAAAUUGGCGAAAGAGAGCUGAAGCCACGUUAGAGAACACCAAGAUCUCUCCGCGAGUUUUAGACGAUCUUUAUCCACGUAUACCUAGCCCACCUCUUCCUCCACCGCUGAAACUUUCAGAGUACGAAGGCACAUAUUCACACCCUGCCUAUCCAACCCUGAAAAUCACCACCGACUGCCCUAGCCACUCACUUUUCCCCAGGCUGUCCGGCAAACAAAAGUUGGGACCUCACCGUCUCUGCGCCAAACCCUCCCAGAGCGCCUUUGGGAGUGAAGCGCUGGUCCUGGAGCUCAGACAUGUUACGGGUGACUUCUGGGUAGUUGGGACCUUGAUGUAUGGUGCCACUUCUGCUACGAGAGGGAAAUUCAUUUUGAGCCCAGAGGGAACCAUUAAUCAGAUUUCCAUUGAGAUGGAACCGACUAUGGCACUGGAGCAUAAGGGUAUACACUGGACGAAGACGCCUUAG